AUGUCAAAAAUGAAUGAAGUUAUAUCAACAUCAACUUCUGAAAUCAAAGUUUUUUAUUAUAUCGAUGAUCAAGAUACACGUUAUUUAACAAAAUUAAAUGUAACUGCUUCACCACGUUUAAAAGAUUUUAAAAAUGCUCUUGAUCGUAAUUGUUCAAAAUAUAAAUUUUACUUUGUUACAAAUGAUCCAUCUAUUGGAAAAGUUAAACAAGAAAUUAUUAAUGAUGAAGAAAUUUUACCAUUUGAUGCACAAGAUCGUAUUGUCGCUUAUCUUGUCUCCAAUGAAGGUAGUACAAUAUCAAGUGGUGGUGGCGGUUUAGGAGAAAAAAAUAAACAUUCCAAACAUCUUCAUCAUCAACAAGAUUAUAGAAUAUUAAUAUCAACAGCAAAUAGUUCAUUGGAUAUUCAACAACCAGGUUUACAAUGUAUAUGUGAAUGUGAUGCAUCAGAAAAUAGUGCUGAUUAUCAAAACUGUUUUGCUAAGGAACAAGCUGAAUUUGGAGCUAGAUCAUUUUCAAGUAGUAACUUGGAAUCAACAACAUCGUUAGAUGAAACAGAAAACGAUCAAUAUUCAAAAAUUACUGAUUCAACAAUAAUUUCAUCACGAUAUCAUGGUAGAAAUCGACCUCGUGGCAGACAACAUCAAUUACCAUCAGGACUUGACCAAGCAUCAUCAUCCAGCAGUCUAAAUUCAGAUUCAACAAUGGCAUUAGAUACUCUUACGAUAACAUUUCAUUUAACCGCAAAUAACUAUUUGGGUAUUAGUAUUGUUGGUCAAACCGAUAAAACAGGUUCAACUGAGGGAGGAAUUUAUGUUAGUUCCAUAACGAAAGGAAGUGUAGUUGCAGAAGAUGGUCGUAUUAAACCAGACGAUAUAAUUCUUCAAGUAAAUGAUAUUAGUUUUGGAAAAUUAUCAAAUAAUGAUGCUGCUGAAAUUCUACGUGAAGCUGCCAAAACACCUGGAUUAAUUAAAUUAGUUGUAGCUAAAUGUUGGGAUUCAACUCCACGAGAUUAUUUUACAUUACCUCGUCAUGAACAAGCACGUCCUGUUGAUCCAUCAUCAUGUCAUGCACAUACACAAGCUGUACAAAAUACAUAUGAUAAUUCUCAACAACAAAUCUUACCUCAUAAUCAACAAUCAUUACUUAAUUCAAAAGCAAAUAUGAGUUCAACCAUAUCAAGUACAAAUAAUACAAUGGUUGAUAAUGAACGUUUUGGUCUUAAUCUUAAUUUAAAAAAUAAUUCUGAUAUGGCUAUUAUUGUACGAGCUAUGGCUGAACCUCAUUCAGGUUUAGAUAUACGUCAUAGAAUAUGGCCUGAAACAAUAUUACCAAAAUCAUUUCUUGGUUCUGAUUUAGUUACUUGGUUAUUUGAAAAUGUCCGUGGAUUUCUUGGUCGAGAUGAUGCAAGAGCCUAUGCCUCAAAAAUGCUUAAAAUGGGUUAUAUUAGACAUCCGUUUCAUAAAUCACAAUUUCAUGAAAAGAGUUAUUAUUUGUUUCGUAAUAUUUAUCCACAAAAUUUUAUUUAUUUAUUUGUUUAUAAUUUUUAUUUACAUAUUUCUCGAUUAAAACUUCAUGAAAAAUCUAAGGAUUAUGAAUCUAUUUCUGAUCGAUCAAGUAUUAUUGAUGGUGAUAGUGGUAAUUCAUUAUUAACAACACAACAACAUAGUAUUACAACAUCUGCUUUUAUCGAUAAAAAUAAUGCUCCACUUGGAUCACCAUCGCAAUUUUCAUCAAGUAGUUUAGAAAAAUUACGUGAAGAAAUAUAUUUAGCAAUUCAGAAUAGUAUUAGUGCUAAAGAAUGUGCAGGUUGUUUAUUUCGUAAGAAUUUACAUCCUGAACAACAGAAAAAUUUAUGUGAAGUAAUUGUGGAUAUUUGUGCACAACAUCAAAUAUAUGAACGUUAUUUUGGUUUACUUGGUCAAGAACUGUGCACAUUCAACAAAGAAUAUACACUAUAUUUUGAAGAAAUCUUUAAAGAUCAAUAUAAAAUUCCUCAUACUCUUGAAAAUGUGCAACUUCAAAAUCUUGUCAAGUUCUACGCACAUUUAUUUAUUGGUCAUUCUAUUUCCUGGAGGGUACUCGACUACUGUGAUUUAAUUGAAGAACUUACAACCGUGGCACGAUAAACUGAUUAUCAAAUGAUUGAAGAACAACUUCAACCAAAUUCUGCUACUGGUUCAAGUGCAUUAAUUGUUAAACGAGUAAUAUCAUCAUUUAGUUGA